UAAUAUUAACAUUAAAUAUUAUUUAUUUGAUUUCAAAAAAAUAUGAAUAAUUAAAUUAUGUUAACAAAAAUUCAAUCGUAGUGUCAACUGAAAAAUUUAUGAAUAAAAAAAGACAGUGAAAAAGUUGAUGGGUAUGUCAUAUUCAAUCCAGAGAGACUUGAUUAUUGUAAAGAGGAAAAGUGAGGUUAAACCCAGAGUUGACAGCCUACGUUUUUGUUGUUGAUAUGUCAUAUAUAUACCAAUUUUAACAAUGGGUCGUUCUGAAUCUGAGGUUUGGAAACAUUUUAAUGUUGUUGCAAAUCCUGAAUACAAAUACAAGACAGGAAGUUUUAAAUAUUGUGGAAAAAAAUAUGUUUCAAAUGCUGGUAGAAUGAUGAAGCAUCUUGCUCAAGAAUGUCAAAAUUGUGAUGAUGAAAUUUAAACAAAUUUUAUGGAAAUAAUUGUUCAAAAAAAUGAACUUGAUGUCAGACAAUCAUCUGAGCAAGUUGUAGCACUAAUUACAAAGAACAAAACAACUUAAAACAAAGGCUCAAUUGACAGGUUUAUUGAUACUAAAAUGUCCAAAGAAAAUCAUGAUAAAUUGAAUGCUUCUUGUGCAUGAGCAAUAUAUGCCAGAGCUUCAAUUAACAUAUUAUUGUAUUUAAAAAAGGGUUACAAGUAUUAAAUUGUAAAGUUCAAAGUACACCAAAAAUUAAUCAUAUAUAAUUUAAAAACAUAUCUAGUUUUUAGUUGAGUUUGUCCUUUUUUUUUUUCUCAUCAAAAAAUUGCUUAUUUUUUUGUUUUUUCCUUUUAAUUUAUUUUUUUUAAGGACAAAUUGCAAGUGCAAAAUAUUGACAAGCUAAUGUCACAAUGAAAAUAGAAAGCUUUAUUAGUUUUCAACAAGUUCAUGGUAUAAAAAAAUAUAAAAAACGUUAACAUAUGGUAUAUUUCUAAAUUUGUAUUAUUCUACUUGUUACAAUAUUAUUAGUCUCAAUUUUUCUUCCAUUCAUUGUUACUAAUAAAUAUAAUAUAUGGAAUCUACAGGUCUUGUUAAUAUUAUUAUUCCCAAUCAACAUUGUUUUUUAUAUUUAUUUUUAUUUUCAGUAUGUAUCAUUAAAAUUUUUUUUUUUUAACCCAAAUUUAAUAUAAAUAACUCAAAUAUUAUAUUUUGUUUGUUUAUAACAUUUUAUUUAUUUAUCAUAAUUUAUUGUUUUUAUUAUUAAUAAUUAAUUAUAUUAAACAUUGAAAUAAGUCUCUGAUUUUGGACCUAUCAUGAAGCUUUAAAUUUUGCGCAUGCGUGUCGAUGCCCCGCCCCCGUUUGGUUUUAAACCGGUUAUUAACCGUUAAUAACAGUUAUUAACCGUCAAAAAAAUAAAUAGCCGGCUAAUUAACAGCUCUACCGGGCUUCCGUAGAUAUCGAAUAUCCGAUAUUUGACGUCUACCGAUAUCGAAUAAAAAUAUCUUCAACAUCGGGUUCUCGAUAUCUCGGCUGAUAUAGUGAUAUCGUACAUCCCUACAAUCACGGCUCUAUGCAGGUUCCAUAGUCCAUGGUGAAAAUUCACGGAUAAGAUUAUACAAUGUAAACAAAAAAUGGAAAAAUUAUCAAAUUAAUAUACAACAAUUGAGACUCACGACAAUUUAACCAUGACAUCACUUGGUAAAUUGAUAUUCGCUGAUAUUAAUUCAAGAGAUACUAGCAAAUCAUCUGCAGAUAGUGAUUCAUUAUCAACAAGCGAUUAUGAUGAUACGUCAAUAUCAUUGGCGUUUGAAAAUUUAUUUUUUAUGCCAUAUGAUAUCAUUGAAAAAUAUAAUGAUUCCAUAUUAACGCUUGAUAUUAGCCAUAAUAAAUUCAGCAGAAGUCUUCAAUUUUUGGCUGAAUUUGAGAAUUUAACAUCGGUAAAUUUAGAUUACAAUAGAAUUGAUUCAUAUACUAUAUUUCCUUAUCUACCACAACUUGAAUUACUUUGGCUCAAUCACAAUAAAAUCGACAGUUUAUAUCCGUUUUUAAAAUUAUUGUAUGAAAGUCUGCCAAACUUACAAUAUCUGAGUAUUAUGGGGAAUCAUGCUUCUCCAAGUUAUCUAAAUGAUGGUACAUUUUACGAUUAUCUGCAGUACAGAUUAUUCGUCAUAUCGUGGUUUCCAAAACUGAAACAUCUGGACGAUCGUGUCGUUACAGUAGAGCAACAAAGAGAAGCUAAAAGACUUUUUAAACGACCUUUAUUUGAAAGAUUAGCUGAUAAUUCAUUAUCCGAGUGCAUCAAAAACUUACAUUUCAAAGUGACAAACAUUUUUGUUAGACCAACGUCAAGUGCUCCAAUUAAAAGCCAUAAGAUUAUGAAUUAUGUUGUUUAAGUUUAUAGUCUAAAUUACCAUAAAUAUCACAGCACAAUUUUUUUUUAUUUAUUUUUUAUUUUACAUCUUUCGUUUAUUAAAA